AUGGCUGUCCUUUUCGGUGAACAGUGGUGCCCACGUGAUGGAAAGCAACUGGCCCUAAAAUCAACGAAACAUAAACAGCCUGCCAACCAUUUCAAGCUUCUUUCCCAUCUUCGUGCACCAUCCAAAUACCAGGAAAUCAUCAUGGAAGCAGAAUACACUGAGAGACCAACAAAACAUAGAAAACUUGAGGCAAGUUCUCUUUAUUCUUAUCUCGAAGCUGAAGUAUCAGAGGCAGAAACCAAUGAUGAGAAUGACGGCAACGAAAGUGAUCUUAUCAACGAUGAUGAAGACAUUGAUGAGUCGAUCUCGGGAGAUGUGCACCGCAACCUUCUUCGCAAAGCAUUGAUGCCAUCCAAUGACGACGCAUUUUGGGAAAGCUUUCUCGAGCAUGUCACGGCUCAUCAACAUAUUGCGGAAGAAGAUGUUCAAGAUAUUGGAAAGGCAUCUUUAUGGGUGGUGCUUGUCAAGCCUGGAUAUGAGGAGCAGAUAGUCUGUCGAGUCCAUCAGCAGCUCAUGGACCCUAGGUUUCCUGCGUGGUUUCGACCCCCAGCGGUCUUUGGCUGGAAAGCUCUACCUGGUAGAGUGUUUUUUGAAGGUGGUUUGGAGGAGAGCGCAACAGCUUGUCUUUAUUCCACAGAGUAUUGUACGAUGCUGACGGUCGAUACGGAUUGGUACACUGCAGAAGAUGUAGUACCGACAUCGAGGGAAUUCGAACUUUUUAGCGCCUGCUCGGACAUUCCUCUCAAUGUCCGACAGCACACAAUGGCUAGAAUGUCAGCCAGGAUCCUUCAGAUAGGCGAUGGGGGGACAAAGUCUGCAUUCUUUCAGGAGACCAGAAGGUGUUGUGGGUUGGGUGGUGAAUGGAGACGACGACUAUGUAUAGAGGUAUCUCCGGGGAUUGUCCAGUUCUUCACCUCACCCUUUGUCUUCGGAACAGAGUCCUCAGAUUUAAAAGCUCCCUUCACAGAUGCACAAAAGUGUGUCAUGAAGGGGGAGUCCAAUAGUCAUCUUGUAGGAAAACAAGUAAUGGUCAUCAAGGGGGAUUUUAGAGGUUACCGAGGCAGAAUAAAAAGCACAGUUGGUGAAAAAAGGGUCUUGGUCGAGCUCGAGGUUCUCACCGAUUUUACUUACCCACUUGAACCAGCGCCUCUGCCUGGUACUCUGGCAGGCUUUUUGUUCCCUGGUUACCCCUUGCCAGAUCCGCAACCCUCAGUCACAUAUCCCGCUGCUUUCCUUCCGCCGACUCCGGCCAUUGCAGGGCCAUCUACUCCGCUUCCUAACUCAGAAGAUAUCCCGAUGACCCCAGCUUGGAACCCAAGCUCACAAACCCCCCGCCGUGGUGAUGAUGCCUCUUCUCCGUAUUGGCUCAAAGAUGGCUGCUUCGCCAACAUGAGACUGAGCCUUCGUCUCAUCAAUACCAACCCUAAUUUCCAUAACGGCCAGCACGAAGAUAAGUGCGGGGAGUUCAAGGGAGUGGUCAGAGAUGUGGUCAAGGUUCAACUCGGUUACAAAGUGGUUGAAGUACCAUUUCCAUACUUAUUACCUGAACGGCCGGAGUGCAAAGGCCAAGUCGUUACUGUGUUUGAUGGCCCACAUAGGGGGUUACAGUUUAGGAUUAAGGAGUUUGGUGAAGAGUUCUGUGGCUGCUCAGUUUUGAUAUCGACAACACUUUGGAGGUCAAAAUUGCCACUAAUCUACUGGUAG